UUCCUUGAGGUUGUUGUUUGUAAUAAGAGCAUGAAUCCUUUGGCAGCCAUGUCUGAAGGGGAAUGGAGCUCCUUCAGUGGAAUCUAUUCUACUGAUCAGGAUGCUAAAUUCAUGUCACAGUUGCCUGACAACUGUUCACUUACAAAUGAGCUACCAAUUAGUACUUCAUUGACUAGUUAUGAAUCAACUGUGAGCACUAACAAUAGUAUAAACUUUUUUUCACAAGGAAGUAGUUACAGUGGUUGUAGUAGUUUUCCAUUUUCCCCUCUGCCGAGUCAUGAAAGCAGCUACUACCCGAGUCAUUUUCGAUCAAAUGUGAUGAUAAGAAACGAUAGUUCAAUAAUAAUGGAUCGAUAUGGCAUGGACGUGGAAGGUGAAAACAUAAUUAGUUCACCCUCGCUUACUAAUUACAAUGCAAUGAUUGAAGUGGAUGAUUUCCUUAUUAACCAAGAUAUGAGCAAUGAUAGCAUGGAGUCUGGUGAAAACAUGCCUAUAGAAGACAAGGUGGAUAGUCCACCAGACAGCUCUAAGAAAAGAUCCCGGCGGCUGCUUGGGGAUGCGAUCCAAAAUAACAAGAGAAGCGUAAAGCUGAAGAAGACUAGCUGUGAGAUGGAUGAGGAAAACAAGACAGCGAUUCUGAGACAGAACUCUAUGAUCAGUUGCUGCUCAGAAGAUGAAUCUGUUAAUGUUUCUCACGAGUUAACCCGAAAAACCAGAGCCAGCAGGGGUUCAGCAACUGAACCCCAGAGCUUGUAUGCCAGGAAACGAAGAGAGAGGAUUAAUGAGAGGCUGAGAAUCUUGCAGAAUCUCGUCCCUAAUGGAACAAAGGUUCAUAUUAGCACCAUGCUUGAAGAGGCUGUCCAGUAUGUCAAAUUCUUGCAACUCCAGAUCAAGCUCUUGGGGUCUGAUGAUCUAUGGAUGUAUGCUCCCAUUGCAUACAACGGAAUGGACAUUGGGCUUGAUCUCAUGAAGAUGGACACUCCAAAAUCAUAAUGUUGAAAAAUUAAAGCUCCACACAUGCAUGACGUACGAUACUAGAUUUCUAUAUGAGUAAAUUGAGAGCAUUAUCAUGCAACGCAAGGAGAAAGAAAUUAUUGUCAUAAAUGGUGCUGAAUCAAGACUCAUCUAAUUGUAUAUGGGACUGAUUAUUAUCUUAUCCAUGAGGAGUAAUGAUUCUUCUGAUUGAAUAUUCAAAUGUAGAAAUAAGCUGCCACCUCAACAUGAUGAAGGAAAUUUAGGUGCUU